ACUCCUUUAUUCUGAAAUAAUCUGGAGUCUUAGAAGAUAGACUAAACACACUUUCCCUUGUGCCUCUCCUAUCUUCAGCAGCUCCCAUCCUGUGUUCCCACAGGCCUAGCACAGAAACUCAGGGCUUUCUCUGAGUCCUACAUUGUCAGAGAUUGUUAGGUUCUGAUCACAAUAGAUAGUGGUUACAUUUCUUUUGUUCCUAACAAGAAGACCAUUUUUAAGACUGAAAAGACAGAUGUGUAUCUGGGAUAGGGGAAUACACAUUAAAACAAAGUUGGCUAUACUUAAAAUAACACAAUCAUAUUAUGCUAAACAUAAUGACAGCUCCAGAAUGGCUACUGGGAAUUUAGAGUUGCCAGAAUUUGGAAGUCAGCAAGCCUUACUCCUUGUCCAGUGACUUUAAGUGUAUUUGAAUGACAGUUGAACAUGUGAGCAAAAUGUGUAUAUGAAAAAGAAUGUAACUUUAUUAUUAAUAUUUUCAUUUAAUCUCCCAUUAGACACAAUGUAUCCACAAAGUUGUUCCACCUUCUGUGUAAAGUGUACACAGAAGUAUUCUCAUAAGCAUAAACUCUUUCGUGAAAGUUAAAAUGAGCACAAGAAAUACUCAGUUUUUGUCAGGACAGGAAGGGAGAGAAUUAGAGUGAUAAGAAGUCAAAAGUAUCUAAUAAAAAAAUAGAUGGGAAAACUGGAAAAGAAGUAAACCAUAACUUAACUAUCUUUGGAAGUUUACCUUCUACUUUAAUUACUUUGACUAUUUUAUUAAAAGAAUCUAGUCUUCAAAAGAUUGUUAUAAAUAUGUUUAUAAAACAACAAAAAGUUGAAAACAACCCAAAUGUUUAAAUAAAUUUAUCCUGUAUAGAAUAUUAUACCACUGAAAAUGUUGUUAUAGAAGUAUAUUUAUUGAAGUUGUUAAAAGUGUAUUUAUUGAAAAGGAAAGAUAUUCAUGGUGUAUUAUUGGGUGAAAAAAGGCACAUUCCAAAACUAUAGAAAUAUGAUUCAUUUUACAAAUAAAAAUAGCUGUUUAUAGAACUUGCAUAUGUUAUCUUUGAGAUGUGGAAUUAAUAGAUCAUAAUUUUCUUUGUUACUUUUAUUUUCUGGCUUUUUGUUAAAAUGAGUGUUUUUGAAAGAGCUUCUAAGUAUAAAAGGCCUAGCAAGUAUAUUCUUGUAUUCUGAAAUAUCUGUUGCAAGAAUUCUCAAGGUGAAGUAGGAAAAAAUACAUAUGAAAAUCUAGGGGGGUAGAAUUUUAAAAUUCAAAUCAGUAUAACUUUCAUUUUCAAAAUUCUACAAAAAGUAAAUAUUGAAGUCUUAAUGUCUGAGAUAUGCAGAAGAUAGCAUCAUGGCUUUAAAUACCUUGAGAAAACAACGUGCAUUGAACUCUGCUUACAUCUCUCUCUUCAGGUCUAUUUCAAAUUAUUUUGUAUAGGACAAAACUGCAUUUUAAGAAUGGACAAGCAAAGAAAAUAUUCUGUAUGGAGAUUUCAGUGAUAACUCUGUUGCUGCAGGUUGAUAAUGAAGCCAUGCCUGUAUUGGAAAGGUCAAGUACCUCAAUCCCAGGAUCACGUUUUCCUCCAAACCCCUGAAGAUAAGUAAUCUUGCCAAUGUCUAUUCUUAGUCAAAAUGAAGAGUAGAAGGAAACAUGAGUUAGUAGCAACACUUGACAUUCCUGUUUUUCUAGUCCAUUUUAUUCUUCUAACCAGAACACUCUCAGAAUAGGACUAUUAGCUCUACCUGGUUGUCUACACAGUUGCAUCUAUGAGGAAUUCCUGUAUUGUUGACAGGACAAGGCUUUCUUAGAGUCUUGUGUUAGAACUUGGAACACAUUUUCCCAUUAAAAUGAUUAAAAUGCAACUGGUCUCCUUCAGAUACAUUAUGGAUUAAGCAGGCUACUCUGUUGAAUGACCUAGAAAUUUAGUUAGGAUUAAUAAUAUUACUGUAUGUUGCAAGUUGUGAACACCUGACCUACCAGUAGAUUUUUAGAAUGUAUUUAUUAUUUGGAAGCUGCUUUUGUGCUAAGAAAAUGUUUAGAGCUCAUAAAUCAUAAAGAUGCCUCUCAGGUAAUUAGGAUAUAAACAUAGAUUAAGUUUCAAAGGAGCAGCACAGUACAUUAUAAACAUGUGGUUAGAACUAGAACAUGUGUUCUAGAUCAGUGUUUAUGAAACUGGACCGUGCCCACAAUCAACUGGAGAUCUUAUUAAAAUGUAGAUUCUGAAUCAGUAAGUCUGGGAUAGGACCUGAGGUUUUGCAUUUCCAAGUUUUCCAAGUGUUGCCAAUGCUGCCAGUCUGCAAACCACACUUUGGAUUGCAAGAUUCUAGAAUAUCUUAUAAAAAUUUAAUAUGGACACUUUUCAGAGACAUUGAUUAUCUUUCAAAUUAUCUCAUUUCUGUAAUUUAAAAGAAUGCAGAUGUGGCAUUUUGGGAAGUAUGUAAAAUAAUUUUAGUGACCUCAGAAGUCAAAUAUAUUUAUGAAAUCACCAGGUUCAGGAAAAGUAUAUGGUAAAUUUUAGCAAAUUCACAGUGAAUCCUGAACUUAUAUUUCUACUGUCUCAUGACUGAGGGAUGAUGGUGGUCAACUGUGCCUUUUUGCUUUAUUCUUUUAAAUUAUGUUUAAUAUAAUAAUAAAGUGUAGUUAUUAUUUUUUAAAAAGUACUCUAGGAAAUACAUAAAAUAUUCAGAGUAAAAACUGCCCGUAAGUCAUCAAUGCAGAAAACCCACUUAGUAUUUGAUGCAUUUCCUUUGUAUAUCAUCUAACAAGAUUAUACCACUAUUUAACUUUAGUUUCUGAUUUUUACAACAUUGUAACAAAAUUUUCCCAUUAUUAAUAUUUUCCCUGUGUAAGUCAAUAUCUGUGUAAUAUUCAGUGAUAAGUAGAUAUCAUAACUAUUAUUGCUAUUUGGCAAACAUUUUUUCAUUCCUUCUUUUUCUUUCUUAAUGCUAUGAUAAGUAAUGCUACAGUGAACAUCCUUGUACUUAAUUUUGAUUGCAUCUGUCCUUGAGAUUGAUUCCUGAAAGUGGAAACAUUGGUUUGGAAUGUAUCCAUAUUUUAAGGCUUUUGAUAGUUAUAACCAAAUUGCUUUCCAGAAUGUUAGGCAAAUUUAUGCUUCCCAUCAAAAGCUACAGUGCCCAUUUCAUGGCACUCCUUCCAGUACAAAAUGUUACUGAUAAAAACUCUUAACUGCCAGUGAGGGCAAAAAUAAUUUAAUAAUUUAGUAGUAUUCAUUGUGUUUCCCGUUGGUGACUUGUCUAUUAUUAUUUUUGUGUACUUUUCCUUUGGAGUCUUAUCAUUUUUCAUUUAUUUGUAGAAGCUUUUUAUACAACAAGGGUAAUAAUCCUUUAUGAUACUGAGAGCAGUACUGUUUGUAGUUUGUCAUUUUUUUUAAUCUUUAUGAAUUUUGGUAUGUUAGUAUGUUUAUUUUUAUAGUGAAAUCUGUUAACUAACCUUCAUUUUGAUUUCUUACAUUUCCUUAAAGCUUAGAAAAAUUCGUCUCCUUCAGCUUAAAUUUUGUUUUCUUGUGCAUUUUUAUUUUUUACUUUUAAAUACAAAAGCAAUUUUGGUACAUUAUGUGAGAUAAUGAUCUAAUAUGAUAUAUUUUUCUAAAUAUCAAGUGUUGUAAACAUUACUUACUGAAUAAGCUGUAUCUCUCAUUGAUUUAUGGUACUACUUUGAAAAUACAUUGAGUUCUUAAGUUUCUUGGGCCUGCUUCUGGGUUGGCGUUCUGUUCUUUUGACUAGUAUAUCUAGUCUUCUGCCAGUACCACACUGCUUUUAGGAUUUUUUUGGAAACAAAACAAAAAUCAGAAGUUCUUCUUACAGCAUUACAUAGAAGCAGAUUUUACCUAUUCAGAUAAUUUUUUUGGUGGCAUAAGUAAAUAAAGAAAACCUCGCUGAAUGAGUAUAGAUAUCGGCAGAUUUAGAAGAGUGAAGAAAAAAAGUUAUAUGCUUUAAGAUGAUUAAGACAGAAGAAGAAGGGAAGCAAAGAAACAGUAGCUGUAGAGCAUGUUACUUGAAUGGGCACUUUACACAGCACAGAGGGAGAACAAGACAGUAUGCAGAAUGCAGAGAAGAAAAGGUGUAAGAGAGAAGAACAAAAUAGCCAUAAAGUGACAAAAAUGGAAAGGAAGGAGAAAAUGGAGAAACAAUGUGAAGAUUUGUGAGAAGAGAAUAAUGUUUGUAGUGUUAUAAAUAGAUGAAGUAUAUUUAUAGUAGUAUGUUUGCAUAUAAAAUGUAAUAAUACACACAUAUAACAGGGCCCUACCAUUGAAGUAAAUAAAGAUGGACAAAAGUAGAAUGUUGUAUCAACAUUAAUGACAGAUAAAAUAGACAUAGACAAGAACCUAGGUCCCCAGACUAGCAAACCAGUUUUCUCUGUGGUCAGACUGAUGGUAAAAAGAAUUUACAAGUGUAGAACUUAUCUGGACACACCUCUAAUUAUUAGUAUACAGUGGCCCUUGAACAGCAUGGGGUUAGGGGCACCAUCCAUCUGCUGCAGUUGAAAAUCUGCAUAUAAUUUUAUAGUCAGCCCUCCAUACCCACAGUUCUGCAUCCAUGGAUUCAACCAAGUGCUGAUUUUGUAAUAGUGUAGUACAUAUUUAUUGGAAAAAAAUCCACAUGUUAAGAGGACCCAUACAGUUCAAACCCAUGUUGUUUAAGGGCUAACAACUGUAUGAUGUUGCACUUUGGUAAGUUUGUUUAUAGUUGUUCUGUAUCUAUUCAACAUUGAGUUUGCCUUAGGACACGAAACACAGAAAGCAGAAUACAGGCUUUGGAGACAAACAAGCUUUGGCUCUGCCAUCUAGAGCCAGUGAUUAACAGUCCCUUUUUGAUGUUGAGUUGGCAUGAGUUGUCACAUUAACCUUGUAAUUUUGGAUAAGUUAUUUAGUAUAUCUGGGUCAGUUUUGUGAAUAAAAUGAUAGGAAAUGCCUCAAAGUGUUUCUCAUAGUUAUAUGACAUUGUAAACCCUUCAGGAGGGUAGCUGGCACAUGAGCACUGCCCUAUAAUGAAAUUUUUCCCAUGAUCUCCCUAGACUGCAAAUUCUUUGUGGGCAAAGGCCUCAUGUGUCUCCUUCCCUGAUGUUUUUCUGGUACCUAAAUCAAUGCCUGGAACAUCAGAAGUGCACAAUAAUUAUUUGUUGAAAAGUGUUAGUAACUUCUUCAUCCUUCCGGACAUUCUCAGCAAUCAUUGCCUUUCAUGUGGGUUCUGCGACUGGGGAGGAAACAACCUUCAACACUGAGGCAACCCCAACAAAGAGGUUGGGUUGGUCCUCUGCAAACUCCCCCUCCCUGCUGUAAAGUGAAACCAUUUACAGUAUUUCUACAUCGUGGCAUCUCUUGGCAUCUGCUCUCCUAAGCUUGCUCCAAAUGCUCCCUUCAUGGCCUCAGCAUAAUCAGUAUGAGCAGAGCUCUUUCCCUGAAUGAAUCCAAAUAACCCCAGUGGUUGCUUUCUGAAAUGACCAGCAGACACACAUCUAUACAGAGGCUGCCCGAAGUAUAAACUCUGGUUCUAACGUACCAUGUCCAGCCAAGGAAGUCCUGGUGUGGAGUUUUCUACGACAACAGUCAGUUCAGUAGCUGUGCAGGCUGGAGACUCCAAAAUCGUUAUAGCUGUCAUAAAGUGUGGCAAAUGGAUACGACUGCAGUUGGCUGAAUCACAGCCCAAUCUUUUAGAAAUUGGAAGCAGUCAAGAUGAAACCAAAAAACUUCUUCAUGAUCAUGAACUUCUUUUGGCCAAGCUCAAGGCUCUGGAAGACCGAGUGUGGGAACUCUUGCAGGAAGCAGACAAGGUGGCUGAAGAGAACAAGGAUCAGAGUCAGGUCUAUGAUGCCAUGGCCGAAACGCUGGGCGAAGCAUGGGCAGCCCUGGUCUCCAUGCUUGAGAGAAGAAGGGAGCUUCUCAGGUUGACCUCUGAAUUUUUUGAAAAUGCCUUGGAGUUUGCCAUUAAAAUAGACCAAGCGGAAGAUUUCCUCCAGAACACUCAGGAGUUCGAGAGUGUUGAGUCGUUAAAAUCACUUCUUCAGCUUCAUGAGCGUCAUACCAAAGAACUCUUAGAACGAUCUCUAGCUCUCUUAAACAAAAGUCAACAACUCACUGACUUCAUAGAAAAAUUCAAAUGUGAUGGACCUAAUGUAAAUCCCGAGAUGGUUCAGGGAGCUCAUAACAGCUGCCUGAAGAUCGACAGCCUUCUUGAACUUCUGCAAGACAGGAGACGGCAACUAGACAAGUACCUGAAGCAACAGCGGCAGGAACUGAGUCAGGUUCUGCAGAUAUGUCAGUGGGACCAACAAGAAAGUCAGGUUACUUGUUGGCUUCAGAAAACCAUAAGAGAUUUACAAGAGCAAAGUCUAGGUUCAUCACUUUCAGACAAUGAGGACCUAAUUCGUAAGCACGAGGAACUGAUAAUAAAAGCAAAGGAAUGGCUCUCCAUGGCUGAGAAGCUGCAGAGUGAGGCCCUUUGGAUUCUGCUGUCCAAAGAACAUGUGGAGAAGGAACACCUACAGCUCUCAAACCAGAAACUGAAUCAGCUUCAAGAAGACUUGGGUCGGCUCAUGGUGGAAAGGAAGACCUGGUUAAAAGAGGCAAAUGAUUUUUUCAACAGCACUAACAAGGCAUUUGAUGUACUUGGAAGAGUUGAAGCUUACCUUAAGCUCCUUAAAUCAGAGGGUUUAAGUCUGCCUGUCUUGGCAGCGAAGCAUGAGGAAUUACACAGAGAAAUUAAAGACUGUGCCGCUGAUGCUUUGCAAAAGGGACAAACCUUAAUCAGCCAAGUAGCCUCCUGCAGCUCUCGCGUGACCGGUGUCCAUGAGAUGAUGGGCUGCAUUAGGGGAAGAGUGGAUCAUCUGACGCAACAGUGUUCCGCGCACAAGGAAUUUGCUCUGAAGAGACGGCAAUUAACAGCCUCAGUGGAGGGCUACCUAAGAAAGGUAGAAUUGUCCAUUCAGAAAAUCAGUCCAGCACUUUCCAGUGCAAUGGAUGUCGGUUCCAGCCUUUCUGACUCAGAGAAGAUUUUGAGUAAAUAUCUGGAACUAGAUAUACAAGCUAAGGAGACAGCACAUGAAUUAGAAGCAGCCACGAAACUCUUGACGGAGAAAAAUGAAUUUGAACCUGAUGAAGUGGCAUCGCUUUCUUCUAAAGCUAAAUGGCUAGAGAGAGAAUUAAACAUACUUGGCCAAAGCAUCAGCUCUAGAUCACAAAUCCUGCAAACUUAUGUGGCAUUUCUAAAGUCAUCGGAGGAGGUAGAGGAGCAGUGUCAGAACCUAAGGGAAUUCUACCAAACUAAAGUCCCAGGAAAGGAAGAGGAUGAUGCUGAAGUCAAGCGUUGGUUUGUCUCAGUGGAGAAGCAGUGGCAGCUAUUUUUAAAGCGAAGUUUCUUAACUCAAGACCUAGGGCUUGAGAUCCUUAAUUUAAUAAAUAUGGCAAAAGCGAAUGAAAUAUUAAAUGUGAAAAAUGAAGUGCACGUUAUGGAGAACACUAUGGAGAACCAGAAGGCAGAAAGGGAAGAAUUGAGCCGCCUUCGGACGGCAUGGCAACGUAAAGCCACGGCAGGCAAGCCUGUGAAACAGCAGUGGGGAGCCUUCAAAGAGCACCUUAGAAAGACUACUCACAACUUAAAACUUCUUCAGGAAGCACUUCUGCCUGUGUCUGCACUUGACCUUGGAGGGAGUCUCCAGACCAUUUUAGGUCUACGGAAAAAAUGGAAUGAAAUGAAGCCUCUGUUCCAGCAACUCAGUGAUGAGGUUCAGUACAUUAUAAAAGAAUCAGAAGAGCUAAGUGGCAGAGGAGCCCCUGUGAAAGAGAAGUCUCAGCAACUAAAGGACCUCAUUCACCUCCAUCAAAGCCAGAGAGAGAGAAUCCGAGAUUACGAGGAUAUCCUGUAUAAGGUAGUCCAGUUCCACCAAGUCAGAGAAGAGCUGGGACGACUCUUCAGAUCAAGAGAACUGGAGUUUCUGGAGGAGCCAGAGGAAAUGGAUGAUGCUUACACUGCCCAGCUUCUCCUCAGUCGCUCUCGGGAAAAGCAGGCACACGCAGACCAUCUCUAUAAGCUGGCCCUUUCCUUGGGGGUGGAUGUCAUCUCAUCCGUUCAGCGGCCCAACUGCUCUAAUGUUUCUGCCAAGAACCUGCAGCAGCAGCUAGACCUCCUGGAGCAGGACGGUCUGCGGUGGCGAGCCUGGGCUGAGGACUGUGAACGGGCCCUGGCCCGCGGCGUGGAGUUCUGCACCACAAGGGACGAGAUAAGCGAGCUCAAAGAGUCAUUCAAAGACAUCAAGAAGAAAUUCAACAAUUUGAAGUUUAAUUACACUAAAAAGAAUGAAAAAGCUCGAAAUCUGAAGACUCUUAAAUAUCAAAUUCAACAAGUCGAUAUGUAUGCUGAAAAAUUACAGGUUUUGAAAAGGAAAAUGGAAAAAGUUGAGAAUAAAACUUUUUUCUUAAAUUAUCCAAAUGAUAAAGCAAAUGUCCUUUCAGAAGCCAUGAAGGAUUUGCAGAAAAAUGUGGAUGAGUUUGACAAAGUUGUGACAGAUUACAGGAAGAAUUUGGACCUGAUUGAGCAUCUCCAGGAGUUGAUAGAAGAGUGUCACUUUUGGUAUGAAGAUGCAAGUGCUACAGUUGUAAGAGUUGGAAAAUAUGCCACAGAGUGCACGACAAAGGAAGCUGUGGAAGUUCUCCACCAGCAGUUCAAAAAGUUUAUCACACCCUCAGUGCCUCAGCAAGAAGAAAGAAUUCAGGAGAUCAGUGACCUCGCUCAGCGCUUAUAUGGUUUUGAGGAAGGACAGAAAUGUGCUGAGAAAAUAGUGGCCAAACACAAGGAGGUCCUUGAAUCUGUUACUGAAUUAUGUAGCUCUCUCACAGAGCUGGAGGAAAAGCUGAAGCAGGGAGAUGUUGUGAAGAUGAAUCUGAAUAUGGAAGACUUCCACGAUGAUUGCGUCGACCUACUGAAAGAACCAGUGAGAAGUAAGCAGACAGUAUUUAAUAAAGAAAGGAUUAAGGGACAGACCCCGCUAGCAGACGUCUUGGCCAUCAAUGGAGCAGAAGACAUGCAGCCACUGUCCUCCGGCAAAGAGGGUGCUGCCCAAGGCCUGCUCCCGCCUGCAGACGUGCUUUUAGGAGAAGAAUAUGAGUGUGUCUCACCAGAUGACAUCUCCCUGCCCCCGCUCCCGGGAAGCCCUGAUUCCCUCCUUGCUCCGUCUGACAUGGAGGUGGAGGCAGGUGCCAGCCCCUCCCUCAGCCUUCACACAAGCACCUACAGAAUGCAGAUGGGGGCCAGUGGUCCAGGGGAGGCCUGGGAUUCUGGCCUUCCACCACCUGCUGCUUUUGCUGAUGUUUGCAAUGAUGAGACAGAAACAUUUUCAAGUCAUUUGGAGAAGCCUUACCCCCAGUUCCAAGCUGAGCCCCCAUUAACAUCUCCAGGAUUUCUGGAAAAGAGUACUGCCUUCCACAGAAUCAGUGCUAAACCUCCAGAGAGCAUGCCGAGUGAAGUGCAUGAGAGAGCUUUGCAACAGCCCCCCCAGGCUCAGGGAAGUUCGCUAGAAACACAGGAGAAGCUGCAUGUUGAUAAUAACGACACUAAAACCCGGAAUAGGCUGCAUGCUUCCCAGGAUGUGUACUCAGGCCUCGGGUUCCAGCCAGGCCCCAGCCAGGCCUAUCAGAGGCAAAUGGUUCCCCCAGAAGAGAUUAAAAGUACAUCAGCAAAGAACAGCAUGGUCAGCCGGGCUGGCCAGGCUCCUACUUUCUCCAGGCUCCUGUCUAAUGUAACUGUCACGGAAGGUUCUCCAGUGACUUUGGAAGUUGAAGUAACAGGAUUUCCAGAGCCUACACUGACAUGGUACAAGAAGGGCCAGAAAUUGUCUGCAGAUGGGCACUUGCAGGUUUUACACAAGGAGACGAGACAUUCGGUGUUCAUUCCGAAGGUAUGUGAGGCAGAUGCAGGCAUCUAUGUGGCUCAAGCCCAAAACUCUACUGGCGUUCUCUCUUCCAGUGUCAUCCUCCACGUGACAGGUAACCACGGGCCGCCAAUCACAAGAAUAAACUGGAUCAUGCUGUGUGUCAUCUACAUUAGCGUGUCCCUAAUGUACUGGCUACUCACACGGUAACUGUGAGGUUGGCACCUGCGGACGUCAUUCUCAUGAGCCUAAAGGACAACAGUAUGGCUGUUUACUUUCCUGUAUCUCCCUCCAAGUGUACCUCCCCACCAAGUGCACCUCCAUUCUUGCCAUAUUGCUUAUUUGGCUGAUACCACUGCUCAUGAAAUAAUCAGAUUUUCUUUCAUGUUUUAAUGUACUUGAAGAGCUUAGGUAAAUCAUUAGCAGUGGAUAAAGAAACACUUCUGUUUUCCAGAAUGAGAUGUAUUCAGUAUAAAACAUAGUCAAAUGACACUCUGUUUAUUGCCUUUUAAUUUAAGAGCAUACCGAUCAAGGCUCCCAUCAGCAUGCAGUUGUGAAUUAUAUUUCAAAUCCAAUUGUUGGAGAGUCUAUUUUUAAUUGUACUCAUAAACAUCUCUUUGUAGAAUAACAGUAGAAAUGUUGAACUAAACUUGUAACUUUCAUUAUUGCAUAAGCCGUCCUUUAAUUUUGCUUUUCAUGUCUCGAUCUCAUUUACUGAAGUGCAUUCUAUAUAGUUUCAACAUAGCCUGGACUCCUAAGUCUGAGGAUGCCGCUGUAAGUAGUCAUUCCUCCUGUUGAUUUCACGGGUUUGACGUUGAAGAAGAGAUGCUCUGUCAACUUUAAAUGGAGCUUCAAACUUCCAUCAUCUGUGCAUGUCACAGAGCAAGAUGGAGCACAGCUUCAGGGGUAGACCAUCCAUAUUCUCAUCACUCCGUUGACACAUUUGGGGCAGCCACGUGUAUACAACUGCAACCAGUUCCUCCUGCUUCUAAUCUUGAUUCUGCUGCUGACAAUUUUUUACAGCCUGUGGUAAGGCAUUGUAGUGCCUCAGUUUCCUCUUUGGAAAAUGGGUUCAUCAUCUACCUCUUAGGCAAUUGACCAUUUUCAUUCCUUGUCUUGUAAACGUCUGGAAAAUGAAAAAUACUCUUUGAAGGUGGAGGGUAAUUAUAUUGUUUAAUGUAAUUUGUCAUCAUACCGCUUUCUGCCCACUCUUUCUCUUUCAGAUGUUGUUUCUUUAAAAAUAUUAAAUUAAAGGAGUGAUGUUGGUAUGUGAUUUCCAACUAUUUGCAUGUAGCAAAAUGAUGUUUUAUGAAUUGGAGCUUAAACUCCUUUCUAAUUUCUUAAGACUAUAUCCUUUCCAAAGAUUUGAAAUUAAACUCAGGAGGAUACAUUUAGUAUAAUCUCGAGGUAUAUAAUAGGAUGACAUAAGAUGAAUUGUAUUCUUUCCCUGUAAUUAUCACUGUAAUAUUGCAGAAUGUUCUAUGCUUUUCUGAAAUAUAUCAUUCAGAAAAGGGGAUCAUUUUAGUUCCUUUAAAAAAUAAACAUGUAUAAGAGAGGCAUUUGUUUUUAGAUUUUAAACAUAGUCUUGUCAUGUUAGGGUGAAACCUUUAGUUGAAAGAAUAUUCAUUAUAGAUUUUUGAUGAAGCAGAUGAACUACUUAUGUUGCUGUAAAGACUGUCUACAAAUAAUAAAAAUACUUAAAUUUAAUAUAUUCAAGUUGAUAUUAAAAAGUUACUGAAUUUUAUCUGAAGAUGUGAAAUGUGUGGCUAAGUAAAAAGUUGCCAUG